AUGCUGACGUUAAAUUCACGGUCGAAACAACCAAAAUCGAAACAGCACGCACUGUUCCUUUCCCUCCCCCUCCUCCUCCUCCUCCUCCUCCUCUUCCGCCUCUUCCUCCUCCUCCUGGACUUUCUCGGUCGCGCACGCCGCCAAAAUCAGGACUGGGCUUAUGACAACGACGCCGUCAUCAGCAACCUGCUAGCCGAGGGGGGCCUCCUGCGCGAAGCAUACGCCAACCGCCCCACCGACGACAACAAAGCAGUCUACUACCGACGCCGCCAACGCCCAUCUGCCUCAAGUGGAGCCCAAUGUUGA